UAGACUACCGACCUACAAGCGGGCUUCACACGCAUGACUAUCUCGAGAUAGUCUGCGGCAAUCUCUCCGGAGUAACUUGCUGACGUUCAUUAGCAUGGAGGCCUUAUCAUUGCCGUCAAACGGUUCGGCUGCCAACCCUCAACAGAGGCCGUCAUCACCAGACGGCAAUGAUGAGAAUGACCUUUCGCAAAAGAAGGGACCCGUUCGGAAGCGCACCAAGACCGGUUGCCUUACAUGUAGGAAGCGGCGCAUCAAAUGCGACGAGGGAAAGCCAACGUGUAAUAACUGCUUGCGAUCUAAGCGACAAUGUGAAGGUUACAAUCAGCGAGUCAUCUUUAAAGACCCUCUCGGCGCAAUUGCUGGUGCCCCUUAUGGUCCUAUUCAGUAUCCAGCACCAUCGCCUCAGGCUUUGGUGAGGGAACAACAAUUAUCGGUUGCUCAACAAAGAUCUUCGUCUCAAUCCCUCCAGAUCAUCGCCCCAAAACCGCCAGCUGUUGGUUAUCACCCGCUUGCUGCGCACCAAUUCAGUCAUUUCUAUCCUAGUCACGUCAACCCCGUUCCACCACAACCCCCUGUAAACUUGGCCCCAAAUCAAUUUUUGUCACAGCCACAGCCAUCUAAAUACACUUUCUUUCCACCUACAACUAUAGAUGCCUUCUCCCAAGGCCAUGGCAGGCAGGAUAUACCUGGGGGUAACAAUCGUUAUCCGCCGCAAGCCCCUCAGUCUAGUGGCUCUGAAGGGCAGGCUUCGACAUCACCACAAUCUCGUAAGCAGCUUAAUGGAAGUGGCACCUUUGUUGGGGUUGAACCAACAGUCCCGGUGUCUGAAGAGCAACUUGAAGACUGGGAUUACGAAUUCUAUGACGAUGAUGCGUCAUUGGCUGAGUCGGAUGACGAAUUUCUACCGGCAAAUUUGGACUCACAAGGCGGCCUCGAUGGACCUGGCGUUGUCACUUCUCAAAGGCUUGACCAUCAGUAUCAUAUGCUUGGCACCAACACAAGAACAUUUUCAACAUUUGGAGCUGAAACAGUACUUGCGACCUAUGAUCCUUCACCUGGAAACUCUCCUCUAAAUGACAAGCAUAUCGCCGCGGUCUUCUGGCACUUUAUUAAUGUGACAGGACCAAGUAUGUCUAUAUAUGAAAGACAUCCGCUCGACCCUUCCAAUGUCUUCCAGGGGCAGAUGCCAACAUCGAAGCAGCAUGGAUGGACUUAUGCAUAUCCAGUCAUGUCGUUUAGCCACCCUGCAUUACUGCAAGCUAUGCUUGCUCUUGCUAGCUUGCAAAUCGCCAAACUACAGAAAAUCCCGCCAACCGCAUCUCUUAAACACUAUCACCUGGCACUCAGGAGGGUCGCUAAAAACGUGAUGCGCCCUGCAAGGCGUACGCAGACAGCUAAUUUGGCAGCAACAUUGAUCCUUGCCUUCUAUGAAGUCUGGAAUUCGGAUCACGAUAAGUGGUGCAGUCAUAUGUUAGGAGCUAAGUGGAUUAUUAAGGAGAUACCACUUUCGGAGAUGACCAGGGCUAUCAUGGCAAUCAAAAUGCAGAAACGUCAGACUGAAAUGGAACUAGGAAUCCUUGGGGAUUGCUCCUCGACAGAUGACUCCGAUUUUCUGUAUAGAGAUUGGGACCUGAUAGAUGUGUCGUUAUUGAGCACCAUCAUGGGCCGCGAAGUAUCUUGUGACGAUCUUGGUAUGCUGCCGGAAGAACUGAGUGCACAUCCCAGACCGAAAUACAUCUACACGAAUAAAGACAUGGAAAGAUAUGAGCAGCUCAGCGACCUGUUUUGGUGGUACUGUAAGAUGGACGUCUAUCAAAGUAUCCUGGGAGGAACUCGUCCAUUCUUGGAAUACAACACUUGGAUGCAAUGUCCACCGAGGUCCCCGAUCGGGAGACUUGACGCCAUAUAUGGGACUUACGACCAUUUGAUUCUUCUUUUAGGCCGCCUAGUCAAUUUUGUAUCUCGCGAUCUGUCGCGAAAGCGAGCGGCACUGGAACGAAGUGGAUCUAGUGGUCCACGGCCGCCUCCAGGCAUGUUUUCGGGUAUGAUGCCGGCUUCAGAAAAAGUGACGCCGCCCAUGGGCUUCACCCCUCCGCCCGAAGAUUCUUCUUCUCCGCCGAGGACUACUUCCAGGUACCGCACGGCUGAUGAUCUCGACACUAGAACUGUUGAGGCUGUUCGUGAAUGGGAGCAGAUCGCUCUGGCUUUUGAUGAGAUCAGAAAACACUUUGGACCCGAUUUCGAGCCUCUGGGAGCUGAUAUAUAUCCAUCACAACCUACACCAUUUGGACCAGCCACCCACUACCGGACAUAUUCAAUUGCUGGGAUCUGGAUGAACUAUUACAUGGGCCUCAUUGUCCUCCACCGAGCCCACCCAAAGAUGCCACCUGUUGCCAUGCUUGCUGCCGGCAUGUCUGCUAACACUACCAUGCCCUGGGCAUUCAAACUCAGCCGCAUCGCCGCGGGUUUAGAAGAAAACAUCACACGUUUGACGGUGGUCAGCACCUUGAUGGGUGGCGCAUUGAUCGAAUCAGCAUUCCCACUUUUCGUGGUUGGUGUACAACUCCAAGACGAGGCACAACGGCAUUGGCUAAUCCGCCGCCUGCGCGACAUUGCUCGCCUAACGGGGUGGCAAUCCGCCCACCAAAUUGCCGACGGCUGCGAGUCGGCGUGGUCUAAGGCGGCACAGCUUGGUCGCGGACCCCCGUAUAGACCCCCUCCCGAUCCCGGAUUUGAGGAAGACGCGAAAGAAGUAAGAGACCGACAUAAGGCCAAGGGACGACAAGCACCCAGUCUUAGACCAGAUGUCGCGCCACCAGGUAUGUCCUGGGUCUGGGGCAAUCCGCGCCGGCUCGACCGACGUAUUUUGGAGGAGGAUGGGACGGCAAUUGGAAGCGCACGAGACGGAAUGGCCACGGACAAUAAAAAGAUUGUACUCGCGAAGGGCGAAAAGGCCUUCUAUGCCAUGGGCUUGCUUAGCGUCGAACAAGACUUCGAAAAAUUAGAUCUGGAUUCCGGAGAUCGAGAGAAAUAACUAGAGCUCUGAGGUGUAAGAUUUUUUUUAAAGAUUUAUUCUUUCUUUCAAGUUGGGAAAAGGGAGGUUUCCUUCAGAUUAUCGUUACGUUCUUUUUUUUUUAUUUCACUAUCAAGUACGACACAAACCGGAUCCGAUUGAAAGGUUGGGUAGAUAGUAGGUUUUAUUUAGAUACGCUGUCAGCAUUUCGAACGAGGGAUGAAAAGCGGCUGGGUUU